AAAACUCAAAAGGAGGAAGUUAAAGAACCACCAGAAGACAAAGACUUUGAGGGAAAUGAUACAGGAAAUAUUUCUUUAUAAAACAAGCAAACAUCGGAGAUGUCGUUAUGAAGGCUAAUCUAGGAAAUACCGGUGCGUUAUCACUCAGCGCUUGUGAGUGCUCAAAAAGUUUCGGAGCAGACCCCCGCGGAAUCAAAAGUCAUAAAUCAAUGGGGGUACGUGUAUUACAGACGUGAGCAGCAUGGUCCUGCCUCUUCAUCGCAUUCUGUAUCUUUUGGUGGCAUAACAACGCUGGCGAGGAACGGAGUAACACGUGUAUUCGAGAGCAUCUUGUUGAAAAAGAGUUAUUUACAGUGCAGUACAAACUCGAUAGAGAUCCUUGUUCGAACAAUCAAAACUAUCAGCCAAUCAGUUACGUGAAUCUGGUUUAGCUGGUCUUUCUGUUGGGGUUAGGAAACUUCUCAGGAUCAUUCAUUGUGUAAUCACAAAGAGCAUCGCUGUAAUUUUGUUCGGUCGCGUCACACACAACAGUUUGAACAGUGGGAUUUAUAAACCUCGUGGAUCAGUGCUGUUGUCGGGGGUAAAUGUUUUGCAGGUUCUAUGGAGUUGUGGUCGUAUCCGGGAAUGUACUCCUAAGCUAAGCAACAGACUGGGAAAUCAUACAUACACGCGUUGACAUUGAAUUAUAAACAUUGAUUGGUAAUAAUCAUCAUGAAGGUCUACAUAAGUUUGAUAACACUUCUCGUCUGUUUCAGCUUUUGUCAUGCAUCCCUGAUAGAUGUGAUGCCAGACUGCUGUGAAAGGGGUGCAUCAUUUGCCGGUUUAGGCCGCACGUGCGACGACCUAGAGGCAAUCCCUGAUAUAGCGCCAGGGGACCAUGGGAUCUGUAUGGUUAUAAUGAAGUCAUGCUGUGCAAACAGUCUCGGGCCAGUCUUGUGUGAAAGAGCUCUUAAUCACAGGAUGAAUGUAGGCAGUUGUCAGACCAUGAACAAUGACACAUGUUUCUCAGCUGGCAGGGAAUGCUGCGAUUGCUGUGAGCUUGGUAUCAAUGCAUUUCAUGAUGGUAUCGAGUGUGAAUCCAUGAGAACAGGGACAUCUUGUGACCGUGCCUUCGCCUACUGCUGUAAGGCGGCUGCCUCUAGUUUUGAUGUGCGUAGAGAUUUUGGGGAAAAUGAAUGUUCCCUGCAAACGAGCCACAGAUUGUGUACAGAACGAUGCGUUAAUCUGAUUGACAACUAUGUUUGUGAGUGUCAUCCGGGCAAUCAUUUACUGGAGGACAACAUUACCUGUGUAGCUGAUGGUGAUACAAGACCCCCUCCUAGAUACUUGGCAUGCAGUCAGGCACCUUGCCAGCAUGAAUGUCGUCAAGUUGGCAGAGAGUAUGAGUGCUACUGCCGUACAGGAUAUGAGCUCCUGUCAGAUGGGUAUACUUGUGAAGAUGUUGAUGAAUGUGCUGUGACUGAUUCGUUAGCAUGCAACUACGCAGAGAGAUGUCUCAACACCAUUGGUUCCUUUAAUUGCAUUAGUGAUGUGGUGUGCCGAAGUGGACUAAAAUACGACCCUGUAAAUCAGUAUUGUGUUGAUAUUGAUGAGUGUGCUGAGAGGACUGACACCUGUGAUGAACGAAGCAUUUGUGAAAACAGGUACGCCAGCUAUACUUGUCAACAUGCCAGCUGCCCAACAGGUUACUACUAUGACAGGACCGUGUCACAAUGCAAUGAUAUUGAUGAAUGUGCUAGAGGCACUCAUGAAUGCCUAGAUGGAGCUCGGUGUGAUAAUCUACCAGGAAGCUUUCAUUGUACCAGGAUUGUACCCUGUGGCACAGGAUACACUAUCAAUGGAGUCACACAGCAGUGUGUUGAUGUCGAUGAAUGCAGUCAGCAGAGCCACGACUGUGAGAUAAAUGAGCUCUGUAUAAAUAUCAGGGGAAGCUACGACUGUCAGUCUUGUCCUCGUGGUUUCAAGACCAAUGGCAAUGUGAACAGGUGUACACAGGAUAUUAAUGAAUGCCAGGAAGGUACAUUCGACUGCAGAGAAGGUACAAGGUGUGAAAAUAAUGUGGGAAGCUAUACCUGUAUUUCUAUCUGUAUGACUGGUUUCGAAUAUAACAGAAUUCUGCGUGCCUGUAUGGAUGUGGAUGAAUGUCGCAGAGGACUUGCCAAUUGCGCAACAUAUGAGAUCUGUCAGAACACCAAUGGAAGCUUCAGUUGUGGUUGCAGACAAGGAUUCAGACAAAACAACUAUGGGCAAUGUGUCGAUAUUGAUGAGUGUCGAGAAGGACUGAGUGAGUGUAAGCCUAACCAAAGAUGUUACAACCUACAGGGACAGUACCAGUGCCGCAACAUGUGCAGAAAUGGUUUCAGGUUCAACAACUUUAACAGCGCCUGUGAAGAUAUUGAUGAGUGCGCUGAAGGACUGGAUGUUUGCCAGAACAACCAGCGCUGCAUCAACCAGGAAGGAGGCUAUGUCUGUCAGUGUCCUGCAGGUCACCAGGCAAACAGAGAUCGAGCCACAUGUGAAGAUAUUGAUGAGUGCAGUCUGGGGCUGUGCAGGGGAACUUGUGAGAAUCUUCCAGGCUCCUACGUGUGCACCUGCCCAGCUGGCUAUGCUUUGAUGGAGAAUAAUGUCACCUGCAAGGACCUUGACGAGUGCUCAACGGGAACUGACACUUGCAUACAGGAUGAGGUCUGUUUCAACACGCGCGGUGGACACAAGUGUGAAAGCGUCGUCUGCCCAGAGUACUACCAAGUCCGAACAAGCAAUGACAACAUCCAAUGUGUGAAGACCUGUCCACGUACCGGUAAUGCACCGGACUGCCCACCUGGCAACUUGAACAGUACCAUCAGCCAUACCUUCGUGGCUCUUCCCAGCAUUCCGUUCCUGAGGCAACCAAUCAGAUUGCUUACAAUAGGGCUUCCAAACUACAGGAGUGCUUAUGGCGGGAGCUCACAGACGUACUUCAGAUCAAUUAGUGGCAACGAGGAUCAGUACUUUGUCAUUACGCGAUUAUUCCCCAGAGGAUUACCUACAGGUUACGUGUCCCUACAAAAGCCCAUCUCUGGACCCUUUGAAACCGUUCUGCACCUAGAGAUUGUGACCGAAGUGAGGAAUCCAGUCACCCGAAGGACGGAGGUGACAGCGACAUCUUAUCUGAUGAUCCACAUAGAUGUGGGAGAGCAAUCUUACUAGAUCCUAACAUAGAACCAAGAUGUAUGGAAUACCAUCAGUGCUCUGGGGACAUGUAUGGCCAGAUAAGUCUUAUGUAUGAUUGGACUCAUGGAUUAUUUGCACAAUUUGGAGGGUUGUCAUUUCGAGUAAUGGACAUCAAACUUGCAGCCGUCUAUCAUUUCCAGGACCAUUCAAUCCAUUUACAUGGUUCCUUUUGUAAGCCUAAUUAGGAUUGAGCAAUUUCAACAAUGACUUAACUCAGUAUGAUACCGGUAUCAAUAUCCAUAAAGAUAAUGCGAGUCAUUUAUUUGCUGGAUAGUGUCUUUGCUAUAUUUGAAUGCAAAGAGAGAAGGAGUAGUGGAAUAGACAGAGGGAUAGGGAAAUGAAGAGAGGAGACAAGGGUACAUUAAGGAGAGGGAGAUAUUAAUUAUUACAUAAGUCAUAAAAGAGACCAGAAUUCAAAUUUGAUAUAUAAUACUGUUAAAUUUAACCACUAAUGCAGGAAACCUUUUUGGUGCUAAAAAAAUAUGUUAUGUACCGGUACAUUGUUUGGUAUGAAUGUAUUUAGAUUUUGAUAUGUAAUUUUACAUACUUGAACAUCUAUGCAUUGUGUAUUAAAGUCUAUGUGCUGUAGUGCUAUGUGCAUAGAAAUCUUUUUGCUGUGUAUGGAAUAUAUAGAGUGACAGUCAGAUUUAGAUUGUUUGAUAAUCAUUGAAAGAAUGGAGAAAGUAAAAGGAUGUAUUGUUUUCUAUGUGCUGGUCAGUAAAUCAAAAUACUCCAUAUGCUAUGCACAGUGAAAUACUCUUUGUCUGCAUUCAGUUUAUGUCAUUUGAAUUUUAUAGCUAUAUAGAUUUUGAAACACCAAAAGAAUGUCCAGCAACAAAAAUGACGUAGUCCAAAGAUGGUGUUUCACUUUGCAUGGCAAGGUGUUAUUUUCAUAAAAAUAAAUUGAUGGUAAAAAUUAACUUUCAAAAAUAAAAAUCUUAAUUGCCCGUAACGCAAUUGUACAUACAUGUAUGUCCAUAUGUUGUCAUGAAAUGCUGAGACUGCCCCCCCCCAAAAAAAAAAAAGAAGAGAAAAUUGCUAGGGAAAAUUUAGGUCAUCUUCUAAAAUUCAGAGUCCAUUUAUUCUACUCAUUUAUUUCAAAGCCAGGUUUUAUAUCAUACAUGUAUAUAUAAAUCAUGCAUAUUAUACAUAUUAUGUAAAAUAUUUAGAAGUAAGAUCCAUCUCUGUGUUAACAUUGUCGAAAAGUGCUAGUUUUUGCAAGCUGUGAAAGAUUUGUAGAGUGAAGCAAAAGAUCAAAAGGGAAUUAAAAAAAAGGUUUUAUAAUGAUUUGAGGGAAGUUAAUCAUUUUUAUGAAUUUUUUAAAUAGUACUUUAAACGUACAUGCAUCUAUAAUCUAAAGGAUGCCUUGAUGGCUUUAUUACCAUGUUAUUGAAUGAGUGUGACAAUUUUUUCUUCUAAAAUUGAACAUCGAGGAGUUUGCAUACUGUCAUGUUUAUAUAUUUCUCAACUUGUAAAUAUUGAUUUUUAUGUUUCAUGUUUUUUUCUUCUUUUCUAUAAAAUUAACAAAGAUUAUGCCUCAUUGUACUACACUUUCUUAACAAUCAUUGCACACAUGAACAUUGAUGUACCAUUCAAAAUAUGAAACAAUCAUCUCCUUUUAGAAGUCUGACAAAUUAAAUCUAUUUUUAAAUUAAA